CCGGACCUGCUGCGCUUUCUUUUCUUCGGGAUGCACGGCUUUCUGGAUGAGAUCUUCUUCACCUUCUUCUUCAACGUGCUGGGGCAGGGGGCCGGGGCCACCAGCGGCCACACGUCGAUCUGGUCCUUCUUUAUGUACGGAAGCUGCAGUUUCGUGGUGGAAAAGCUCUACUUCCACCUGCACCACAGCCGUGGUUGGGGCACCUGGAAGCGGGUGCCCAUCUACGUGCUCUUCAUCUACGCGUGGGAGUUGUCCUGGGGUCUGGGACUCCGCAUGUGCGGGGCUUGCUCCUGGGACUAUUCUCACUACCCGCUCAACUUCAUGGGUCUCAUCACCCUGAUGUAUUUACCUGGCUGGAUAUUCCUCAGUGUGUACCAGGACCUGCUUUCCAACGUGUUGUGGCGGGUGCAGUACGUGCCAACUAACUAAAACCAAAAAAGAAAAAGAAGAAAGGAAAAAGAAAGGAAGGAAGAGAAAGAGAAAAUGUCACCGGAUUCCCACAAAUGAAUGCGAUUUAUUUUUACACAUUUAAAAUGGAGUGGUUUGUUGUUGUUUUUUUUUUUUUAGUCUUUUAAUUUUUAUACACUUUACUAAACUCUUCCAAAAUGUUUUAGUCUUUCUGACUAUUUGGAACCUAUGGAUAAUACAAUACUUUAAAAUAUCACUCGAAACAUAAAGUACUUAACUCGUCAAUAUUUUAAAACCUUGACAAGCCCAAACAGCAAAACCAUUAUACCUUAACAUCAGAAAGCUGUAGUAUUUACUUAUAUGAGUAUACAUAAGUGAUAGCUACUAAUUUUGGGGGGGGGGGGGUAAGGAA